CCGCGCGGCGGCGGCCGCGUCGGCGGCGGCCUUGCUGGCGGCGGCGGCGCGGUUGACCUCGCCGCGGAGCGCGGCAAGGCCGCCGUCGGCGCCCCUCCAGGCCUGCAUAAGGCCGCGCCCGCCGGGCGCGCCGCUGCCGCCCGGGGCGUCGCCGGCGCCGGGCGUUCCGGCGCCGGCGGGGUCCAUCAGGGGCGUGGGAUCACACCGUUUGUGCUAUUGCGCCAGUUAGGGCGCUGA